AAAUUGCCAGCCUCAAGCGAUUCUGUCACUCUUCAUUACUGGCACCACCUCUUCUUCAUUCUCCCCUCUCAAUUUUCCCCCAAAAAAAUCCAAAUUCUCAGUAACCAAACACCAAGUUGGUGAGAGAAAGCAGGAGCACAUGGAAGAGGAGAGUUCGGAAAUGGAGAUCGACAGUCGUAUAUUUGCACUCUCUGCUUUAGCUUCUCUGUUGACGGUGAUUUCGCUCGUCUUGGUUUUCAUGGUGUCUGAUCCGAAUUACUCCAUCACGGGCUUCGCCGAUUCAAAAUCAGAAUUCUCCCUACCGACGGUAGAGUUGCAGAGAAUCAUUCCCAGCACUCCUGACCACAUCAAAGCCAUUUCCGGUGGAUCCAAGGUUCUUCUUCACACCAACCGAUCCAGAAACUCAACCGGCGCCGUUAUCAGAAAAUGGAAGAGACUGAGCAGAGAAGAAGAACUAGCUAGAGCUAGAGCUUCUAUUCGCAUGGCGGUUUUGGGACGAAAUGUCUCUGCGGAGACCGCCCGAUUUGAAAAGGAAAGCGAUCUUUCGGCCGUACAAGUCUACCGAAAUCCCCGUGCAUUUUCCCGGAGCUAUGAUGAAAUGGAGAAGAGAUUCAAGGUCUAUGUUUACAUGGAAGGGGACAUACCAAUCGUCCAUAGGGGGCCUUGCAAAGACAUAUAUGCUAUCGAAGGAAGAUUCAUAAGUGAAAUGGAACAUGGGUUCAGGAGGUUUCGAACAAGUGAUCCACGCCGUGCACAUGUUUUCUUCAUGCCCUUUAGUGCGACUUGGAUGGUCCGGUACCUCUACACCCCUCUCUCCUACAACCACAGUCCCCUUAGGCAAUUUGUCUCUGAUUAUGUGAGAGUGAUAUCCACCAAGUACCCAUUUUGGAAUAGAACUCAGGGGGCUGACCACUUCAUGCUUGCCUGCCAUGAUUGGGGACCCAGUGCAUCACGGGGCAGCUCACUCCUCUACAACAAUUCCAUCAGGGUAUUAUGUAAUGCCAACACCUCGGAAGGCUUCAAACCACAAAAGGACGUAAGCCUGCCAGAAAUCGCCCUCUAUGGUGGUAACAUAUCACCCAAACUCCUCCAUCCACCGCCACCCAACGCUUCUCGACCCCGUCUCUCCUUCUUUGCUGGUGGACUUCAUGGCCCCAUCCGCCCACUCCUCCUCCAGCAGUGGAAGGGCCGAGACCCUGACAUGCAGGUUUAUGAAUACCUUCCCAAAGACAGCGACUAUUACACAUACAUGCUCAACUCCAAAUACUGUUUAUGUCCAAGUGGGUACGAAGUGGCCAGUCCUAGAAUUGUUGAGGCUAUAUAUGCUGAAUGCGUACCGGUUAUUCUGUCAGAGCAUUAUGUCUUGCCAUUUAGUGAUGUGCUCCAAUGGGAAGCUUUCUCGAUCCAGGUGGAAACAUCCGAGAUUCCCAGAUUGAAGGAGAUUUUGAUGGCCGUUCCUGAAGAGAAAUAUCGGAGGCUUCAAGAGGGUUUAAGGGCUGUGAGAAAGCAUUUUAUGUUGAACCAACAUGCUCAGAGGUUUGAUGUAUUGCAUAUGAUAUUGCACUCUAUAUGGCUUAGGAGAAUUAAUAGAAGACUCCCAUAGACAAUAGAGACAUAUAUUGUAA